GAUCCAUGGUUUCUUCUUUCCAGUAUUCUAGUUGUGCUCGUAUGAAUUGGGUUUUUUUUUUUUAUAGUCUUAUGGUAUAAUAACAUCUUGUUUGAUGUCUUGUAAGGAUGAUUUAAUGGAUGAAUGAAUCGUCAAGGAGAUGAUGAGGAAGCUUACUGUUUUUGCCAUGUGUAUUCUCCUUCCUCUAACCCUUUGGAUCUCUGAGACAAGAGGGUUGAAUUUAGAAGGUCAAUAUCUUCUUGACAUCAAGAGCAAGUUUGUGGAUGAUUCGCAGAAUUUGAAAAACUGGAAUUCAAAUGAUUCUGUGCCUUGUGGAUGGACCGGUGUGAGGUGCAGCAACUACAACAAUCAAGAGGUUAUGUCACUGAAUCUUUCCUCCAUGGCUCUCUCCGGUAAUCUAUCACCAAGCAUAGGCAGAUUGGUUCAUCUGAAGGAUCUGGAUCUAUCAUAUAAUGGGUUAUCAGGGAAUAUUCCUAAAGAAUUUGGGAACUGUUUAAGCUUGGUGAAUCUUAGAUUAAACAAUAACAUGUUUGGAGGGGAGGUACCAGUGGAAAUAGGAAAGCUUUUGUCUUUGGAGAAGCUGAUCAUAUACAACAACAGAUUCACAGGGUCUCUCCCUAUGGAGAUUGGGAACCUCUUGUCUCUCACUCAACUUGUGACUUACAGCAACAACAUCAGUGGAUCAUUGCCUCGUUCCAUCGGCAAGCUGAAGAAACUAACAAGCUUCCGAGCUGGUCAGAACAUGAUUUCUGGAAGUUUGCCUCCAGAGAUCGGUGGAUGUGAGAGCUUGGUCAUGCUUGGUCUUGCACAGAACCAGCUGAGUGGUGAAAUACCGAAAGAGAUUGGUAUGCUCAAGAAACUCUCACAGGUGAUUCUUUGGGAAAACCAGUUGUCAGGGUUGAUCCCAAAUGAAAUUACAAACUGCACAAGUUUGCAAACUCUUGCUCUCUACAAGAACCAGCUUGUCGGUCCUAUUCCUAAAGGACUCGGGAAUCUUGCGUCUUUGGAGUAUUUAUACCUUUACAGAAACAUGUUGAAUGGAACGAUACCGAGAGAGAUUGGGAAUCUCUCAAGUGCAGUUGAGAUAGAUUUCUCAGAGAACGGUUUGACAGGAGAGAUACCGUUGGAGUUUGGGAACAUACAAGGGCUUGAGCUUCUUUAUCUUUUUGAGAACCAGCUCGUAGGUACAAUCCCUGUGGAGCUUACUAGUUUGAAGAAUCUAACAAAGCUUGAUCUCUCCAUCAAUGCAUUGACUGGUCCUAUUCCUUUGGGGUUUCAGUAUUUAAGAAAGCUGUUCAUGCUGCAGCUGUUUCAGAACUCUCUCAGUGGGAUCAUACCGCCAAAACUCGGCGUCUACAGCAAUCUCUGGGUUCUUGAUCUGUCUGAUAAUCAUCUCAGAGGAAGAAUCCCAAGCUACCUAUGCCUUCAUUCCAAUAUGAUAAUCUUGAACUUGGGAGCAAACAACCUCUCUGGCAACAUCCCCACUAGCAUCACCACUUGCAAAACUCUGGUUCAACUCCGUCUAGCUGGUAACAGCCUCGUGGGCCGGUUCCCAUCGAACUUGUGUAAACUGGUUAAUCUCACAGCCAUUGAGUUGGGACAAAACAAAUUCCGUGGUUCAAUCCCCCGAGAAGUCGGAAACUGCAGAGCCUUGCAAAGGCUGCAGCUAGCAGACAAUGCCUUUACUGGGGAGCUCCCUAGAGAGAUUGGCACACUUAGAGAGCUUGGGACCUUGAAUCUCUCAUCUAAUAAGCUUACUGGAGAGAUCCCUUCUGAAAUCUUUAAAUGCAAGAUGCUUCAGCGACUUGACAUGUGCUGCAACAAUUUCUCUGGAACAUUGCCAAGCGACGUAGGCUCUCUUUAUCAGCUUGAGCUUCUGAAGCUCUCUAAUAACAAACUUUCGGGUACUAUACCUUUGGCUCUAGGGAAUUUGUCUCGUUUAACCGAGCUGCAAAUGGGCGGGAAUCUGCUCUAUGGUAGCAUUCCAAGAGAGUUUGGAAGUCUGACAGGUUUGCAGAUAGCACUGAACCUCAGUUUCAACAAGCUUACCGGAGAGAUACCUUCCCAGCUCAGUAAUGUUGUUAUGCUUGAGUUACUCCUCCUCAACAACAACGAUUUGUCUGGUGAAAUACCAAGCUCUUUUGCUAAUCUCUCCAGCUUGUUUGGUUACAAUUUCUCAUACAACAACUUGACUGGCCCUAUCCCGCUUCUCCGUAACAUGUCCAUUUCUAGCUUCAUUGGCAAUAAAGGUCUUUGUGGACCGCCGCUCGACCAAUGUAUCCAAACACAGCCUUCUUCUCCUUCUCAGUCAACCGCCAAGCGGAGAGGGAUCCGUACCAGCAAAAUCAUAGCCAUCACUGCAGCUGCAAUUGGUGGUGUCUCUCUUGCACUUAUCGUUCUCAUCGUCUACCUCAUCAGACGCCCGAUGACGACGACUGUGGCUACUUCUAUUCAAGAAGACGGGAAAUCGUCUGAAACCUCUCUGGACAUUUACUUCCCACCAAAGGAAGGAUUCACUUUUCAAGAUUUAGUUGCAGCCACGGAUAAUUUUGAUGAGAGCUUCGUAGUUGGAAGAGGAGCUUGUGGAACUGUCUACAAGGCGGUUCUUCCCGCAGGUUACACCCUUGCUGUCAAGAAGCUAGCAUCGAACCACGAAGGCGGCUGUGUCGAUAAUAGCUUUAGAGCAGAGAUUUUAACUCUUGGGAAUAUCAGGCACCGUAACAUUGUCAAGCUACAUGGAUUCUGCAAUCACCAAGGAUCAAAUCUGCUUCUGUAUGAGUACAUGCCCAGAGGAAGCCUUGGAGAAAUACUACACGAUCCUUCAGGAAAUUUGGAUUGGUCUAAAAGAUUUAAAAUCGCUCUUGGUGCAGCUCAGGGUCUUGCUUAUUUACACCAUGAUUGCAAGCCCAGAAUCUUUCACCGUGACAUAAAAUCAAAUAAUAUCCUGCUUGAUGACAACUUUGAAGCUCAUGUUGGUGAUUUUGGACUCGCUAAAGUGAUUGAUAUGCCCCAUUCAAAAUCCAUGUCAGCCAUUGCUGGAUCCUAUGGCUACAUUGCCCCAGAAUAUGCAUAUACCAUGAAAGUUACCGAGAAGUCUGACAUCUAUAGCUACGGGGUGGUUCUACUGGAGCUGCUAACCGGAAAAGCACCGGUUCAGCCGAUAGACCAAGGUGGGGAUGUGGUGAGUUGGGUAAGGAGUUACAUAAGAAGAGAUGCAUUGUCCUCUGGAGUUCUUGAUGCUCGGUUAAAGCUAGAAGACGAGAGAAUCGUCUCUCAUAUGCUCAAUGUGUUGAAGAUAGCAUUGCUUUGCACGAGUGUGUCUCCCGUCGCGAGGCCAUCGAUGCGACAAGUUGUCCUCAUGCUUAUUGAGUCAGAUAGACAGGAAGGAGACGAACACACGGAUACAGAUUGACACAGAUUACUACAUCAUGAUGCAAUACUGCCAAUACAUUGUUAUUGUAACUUCUUUUCACCUGAGGUAUUUUUUCUAUGUAAUCAUGCCGGAUAACUAUUGUAAAUUCUAUACACAGCUAUAUCUAAAGAUAUACCCCUUCGUGGAUUCUAGGAUUCCACCA